AUGAGCGAAGAGUUCGCCUCAAUGAACACACGGAUAACAAGGCCAUCUAUAUCUGGAGGAAGGGAACCCACCUCAGAGGUUGUUUCUGCUAUGAAAACGUUGUUGGUGCAUGAUAAUGAGGCGAAUGCUGCCGACUUUGAUGCUGCCGGCAUCAAUGCUACCGGCUUCCGUGCUACCGAGUCAAAUGAUGUCGAUCUGAGUGAUACUACGAGGAACGGCUCUGAAGCUCAUUCAAGUAUCAGAAAUAGGCAAGUACGUCACUCGCGUUCUGCCACAAGCAGCUCCUGGCGCGGUGAACUUCGCCAGCGCGACAAGAUACAGGACGGCUUUAAGAGCUGGGUAUCCCAUAUCGCAUUCUCUCCCGACGGCAAAACCCUCGUAGUCGGAUCUGGCAACGAGAUCAGCCUUUGGAAUACCGAUUCUCUCAUCAAAAAAAAGACGAAGAUUCUAGUGCGGGGCAGAUCCACCCAUAAACUUGCCUUUUCACCGGACGGCAAGUAUAUCGCCGCCGGCUUUCACAACAUCUUUUACUCCUCAAUCGCUUCUAUCUACAUGUGGGAUCUCUCUGCACUUAAAGUAGAAGCCCAGCUCACGGAAUUCGGUGCCAAGUAUCUGCAGAUUACCAAACAUUUGUGCUUUUCCCCCGACAGCACCCUUCUUGCAAGUGGCGACUCUACUGGCAGUGUCUUUGUCUGGCCCAUCAAUGAUCCUGGAAUGACCUUGUUUGAGAUGUCUCUCAAGAAGCUACUCGGACUCAAAUUCUUGCCAGGCGGAAAGCUAUUGUUAGUCGAGGCUCAGGGUAUACAAACCUGGGACCCUAUCACAGGAGUACUCCUUUCUCGAAUCCAUUUCCGCACGGAGCUUACCACGAGAUAA